CUCUCUCAAAAUAAAUAAAUAAACUUAAAAAAAAAGGAAAGUAGUGAGAAAAAAAGUGGGAUGGCAGAGAUGGAGAGGGCUCCACGCGGUACCUGGCAUGCUGCGAGCCCUCAGAACCCGUUAGCGACGGAAGUGACCUGUGCGCGUCGUCACCACCAUCCCAGCAGGCCUCGAGGCUUCGACCCUGCCUCCCCCGCAGAGCUCACAGUCUCCGAGGCUCCGGGCCACGUCCCCCGGGUGUCCUGUCUGUGUCCCUCGAACCCCGCCCAGCCCUGCCGCACCGUGAGCUAGUCAGCGCCUGCUGGGUUCGUGGCUCUCUCCGCCAUCGUGCACCCUGGGGCUGGGGCCACACCCAGGGGCUCCUGUUAAUUUAGAUGCUUUCUUUCUCUGCCAUCUGCUUACCCCCGAGCUUGGUUAGAGAGCCUGACUUUGCUGGGAGUCUCCAGAACGUCCCGGGACCUCCCAGCAACCAGCAUCUUUAUUCUCCCUCCUUAGAACUGACGCGUGCAGUCGCUGUGCCUCUGCAGCUCAGAGCAGGGGUGGUUCCUGUGAACUGGGGCCAGGGGUGGUUUCCUGGAGGGGGCAAGGCACCGACUAGCCCUCGAAGAAGGAGCCGGGCUUGGCUGAGGUGGGACAGGGGGAGAGCAUGAGGUUUUCGGCCAGCUUUCUGUGCCUGGGAACCCCCUCUCCCCACAACCCUGGAUCCCAGAGGCCUUAAUGGGCCCCAGCUGUAACAGACUCGUCUGUGUCGAGCAUUCCACAGUAGGUGUCCCCAGGCUCCCUCCGGGCCACCAAAGGACCACGACAACAUUACGUGGACAGGGUCUCAGAUUCCGAUGGGUGCCCUGUUUGCUGGAACCAUCUCCCUUUGGAAAUUUUCAGCUCUCUUUUCUGACAGUAACCCCGCCCCUUGGUGCUGGGUACGGAGGGGGCACCCAGAGCGGGGCUCACCGGCAGCGCUGACUGCUGCGUUGUCGGGCUAACGGGUAUUAACCGCCUCCCUCGCCGCUCCCAUUCUCUUAGCUGCUGAAACGCUGCUUUUUAGCAAAGGCUGUGACCUCAUGAUGUUAUACGUCGUGGAGAUUGAGAACCAGGUCCUAGCGUCUGACUAUGUGCUUCGAGUCCCCACUUUUGCUGGUUGUGCGACCCAGGGUGAGCUUCGUAAGCUUCUCUGUGCCUCAGUUUUCUCAUCUGUGGAAUGGGGCCGGGGGAGACCUCAGUUUCAAGCGGGGUGGCCGGGAGGGUCUUUCUGACAACUGGACAACGACCUGAGGGAGGGGAAGGAGUGAGGGAGCUAUGUGGGUGCCUAGGAGAAGAGCGCUCCGGAAGAGGGGGCAGCGAAUGCAGAGGCCGGCAGGAGCCUGGUGCAUUGGCUGAACCGAUCACCUACAGCGCCAUCAGUGACGAGCUACGGGACAAGCAGCGCUUCCCGUCCCUUCUGCGCACAGCGCCGGGCGCCGAUCACCAGAUCGAGGCCAUGGUGCAGCUGAUGUUGUACUUCCGCCAGAACUGGAUCAUCGCGCUGGUGAGCAGCGGCGACUGCGGCCGCGACGACAGCCAGCUGCUCAGCGAUCGCCCGGCCGGCGGCGACACCUGCAUAGCCUUCCGGGAGACGCUGCCCAUGCCCCAGCCCAACCAGGCGGUGACGCAGUGGGAGCGCCGGGGCCUGAAGGCCAUCGUGGAUGAGCAGCAGCGGCAGAGCUCUGCGCGUGUCGUGGUCCUGUUGUCGCCAGAGCUGGUCCUGCACAACUUCUUCCGCGAGGUGCCGCAGAACCUCACGGGCGUCGUGCGGAUGGCCUCCGAGUCCUGGGCCAUCGACCCGGUCCUGCACGACAGGCCCACGCGCUGCACAGCCUCCUGGGCUGCACCCAGACCAGCCGCUCAGGGUCGUCUAUCCCUGGCAGGACGCCAGCUUCGCUUCCUUUCCCUGUGGCCUCUCCAGCUGCUUCAGGAAAUCUGGAAGGUCGACUUCACCCUCCUGGGCCACCAGAUCUUUUUUGACCAGCGAGGGGACCUACUCAUGCGCCUGGAGAUCAUCCAGGGACGGUGGGACCUGAGCCAACCUUUCUGGAGCAUCGCCUCCUACUGCCCGGUGCUACGACGGCUGAGGGCCAUCUGUGACGUCUCCUGGCACACGGCCAAAAACACGAUCCCUGUGUCCAUGUGUUCCAAGGACUGCCAGCCUGGGCAAAGGAAGAAGCCCGUGGGUAUUCAUCCCUGCUGCUUCGAGUGUCUCGACUGCCUUCCAGGCACCUUUCUCAACCAUCUUGCAGACGAGUUUGGCUGCCGGCUCUGCCCGAGUUGCGGAUGGUCCCGGAGGAACGACGCUUCCUGCUUCAAGCGGCGGCUGGCCUCCUUUGAAUGGCGCGAGGCACCCGCCGUCGCUGUGGCCGUGCUGUCCAUCCUGGGCUCCCUCCGCACACUGGCCAUCCUGGUGAUCUUCUGGAGGCACCGCCACGCGCCCAUGGUUCGUUCGGCCGGGGGCCCCAGGUGCUUCCCGAUGCCACUGCUGCUGGCAUAGGUGACGGUCCCCAUGUACGUCGGGCAGCCCACGUUUUUCGUGUGCCUCGGCCGCCAGACCCUCUUCACCCUCUGCUUCACCGUCUGUAUCUCCCGUGUCACCGUGCGCUCUUUCCAGAUCGUCUGCGUCUUCAACAUGGCCAGGCACCUCCCGCAUGCCUACGGCUACUGGGUCCGCUACCACGGGCCCUGUGUAUUUGUGGCGUCCUUCACGGUGCUCAAGGUGGUCAUCGUGGCGGGCAACGUGCUGGCCACGACCGCCGAGCCCGCCGCCCGCCCCGACCCCGAUGACCCCAAGAUCGCGGUUCUCGCCUGCAACUACCACAACGUGCUGCUGUUCAACACCAGCCUGGACCCGCUUCUGUCCGUGGCGGGCUUCAGCUUCGCCUACGUGGGCAAGGAGCUGCCCACCACCCACAACGAGGCCAAGUUCUUCACCUUCCGCAUGACCUUCUGCUUCACCUCUUCCAUCUCCCUCCAUACCUUCAUGUCUGUCUACGAGGGGGUCCUGGUCACCAUCCUGCACCUCGUGGUCGCAGUGCUCAACCUUCUGGGCGCUUUGCCCCUGGGCUACUUCAGCCCCAAGUGAUGCAUGGUCCUCUUCUACCCGGAUCGCAACACGCCCGUCUACUUCAGCAGCAUGAUUCAGGGCUACACCACCGGGAAGGACUAGCACUGCCCCCUGGCUGCCCAGGGGGGGCCAGAGGGCUCCGCCCUGGGAGAUGGAGACCGGGGGUGGGGCUGGGGGUGGUGGUGACUCGUUCAGCCCCUGCUGGGAGCAGGGACGCCACCCCGCCCUACUCUCUGAUUUGGCCUCCCCCUCCAGGUUCUCUGCACCCUGGCCGUUUUUACCCACCCGCUGGUGGAUGCUUAAAAAUACUCACGCUUUCCCUGCAGCUGUUUGGCUUGCCAGGCACUGCCACCCAUGCUAGGAAAAGGAUCCUGGGUGACCUCCCUAUUGGUCUCCAAGACAGAGAUGGAUCGAAGCAGCCCACAGUCGCCAUCUGGUGGUCACAGCGGGUGUCCGCAGGUUCCGGCUCGGGGCAGCCAUGCUGGAAGGCUGGGCUGGGGCUGGUAUUGGGGGACAUCUGCCCGGCAUCAUUCACUCCCUGCCCACGUGUCUGCACCUCACCUCCCAGACUCCCCCGCCGCCCAGCUUGGAACCCAGUUUGGGACCCAGCUUCUCUGAGUCAUGGCUGCGCAUAGGGGCUGCUUCAUAAAUGCUUAUGAAUAAACCUCCCUUGGGUGAAAGGAAGGCGUUUCCUUCUUGUUUCCAGAGGUUCCGCCCCCCCCCCCCCCCCCAAGAAAGAAGACUGGGAUCGGAGACCUCAGCUUCCAUUUCCGAGUUGACACUUCUGAGCUGUGUACUUUGGGCCAAUUCUAUUUACUGUUUCGGAGCCUACACGGCCCCUUCUCUAAAAUAGGAACAAUAAACCAAGGGCACCCUUGA